AUGCCGGGAAAGAUUCUUGAUAGAUACGAGCAAGUGCCCGUGACCAAGGCAGACUUGGACUGGGCUGAGCUGAUCACUCUCGAUCUGAGUGAAUAUGACCAACCAGGUGGCAAAGAAUCGCUGGUAAAGCAGCUGGAGCAUGCUGUUAAACAUGUUGGGUUUUUCUAUGUAAAGAACUUCAAUAUUAGCCAAGAAGAAGUUGAUCGCCAGUUUGCUCUGGGUCGAGAGUUUUAUUCGUUACCGCUUGAGGAGAAGCUCGAGUAUCACAAUGCGGAUGAUCUUAUCAGAGGCGAAUAUAAUGGCUACAGACCCGCUGGCCACCGCAUCCUUGGAAACGGCAUCCGGGACAACGUGCAGGUAUACAAUAUUCCCAAGUUCGAUGGCUUCCAUGAGCGUCAACAGCCUCCUGUCAUUUCCAAACACAUCGCAGAAGUUGAGCAGUUUAGUCGGAAAUGCCACACCGAGGUAGUAGAGAAACUCCUCCGUCUCUUCGCCAUUCUUCUCGAGCUUCCUGAUGAGGACCAACUUGUCAAAGACCACCAGUACGACGUCAAGGGCGAGGACCAUCUACGCUACAUGCACUACGCAGCUCGCAGUGCCGAAGAGAACAAACAAGUUGGUGAGCUGUAUAGUCCCGGUCACACCGAUCUGGGAACCGUGACUUUGCUUUUCCGACAGCCUGUAGCUGCGCUUCAGAUACUCAACUCGGAAGGAGAGUGGAAGUGGGUGCGGCCCCAGGACGGCACCAUCACGAUCAACACCUGCGACGCUCUGACAGCUCUCACGGGUGGCUUAAUCAAAUCCAGUGUUCACCGUGUGCAUGCGCCGCCAGCUGACCAAGCCCAUGUUGACCGUUUGGGCGUGCUUUAUUUUGCCCGACCCAAUAACCACGUGGUCCUUGAUCCUCUCCAGAAUAGUGCGCUCCUUGGCCGACUGGGACUGACGCAGAAUGUGUUUACCGAGUUGGGUCAGCACUUGAAAACCGAGGAGUGGGUGAAGGUUCGCCAAAGCCAACAGCAGCGCCGCAACAAGGAUGUCAAGGUGUCGAGGGAGGGCAAAUAUACUUAUGGACCAAAGGAUCUCGACAUUAUCCCGGGACUGAAGGCUCAAAUCUAUAACUAG